AUGGAUUUGAUGACUAAAAGUCCUUUAGCUUAUUUAUCUAUUAUAGAUAUUAUAAAGAUACUCAUCUUGUCUGAAAUGAUGACAGUUAAAUGUGUUAAAUGUGAAUAUGAGUGCUGUACAGGAAAACCCUUUAA